AUGGGCCUGUUCGGUAGCAUCCUCAACGCUCUUGCCAAGCUCGUUUGUGGGGCAAACGAGCGGCAACAGGAGCCGCAGUACCCACAGGAGGGCAAGCCGACAUACGCGCAGCAGGCCCAGCACCAGCAACAACAACACCAACAGUACCCGCCUCAACAGCAGCAACAUCAGCAGCAGCAACCCCAUAAGCCUCAUCAGCAGCAGCAACAACCCCACAUCCCACAGCAGCAAACUCAUCAACAACAACAACAACCUCCCCGUCGUCAGAAUGGUCAUGUCGACGCUAACCAAGUGAACCAGUCGAACCCGCACUAUACCGACCUACGCGACCGCGCGCGAAAGGAAGGCGACGCAAUGGCCCGCGCAUUCGAUGCCAGCCACGACGCGUACCAAUCCGGUGAGAAGGCUCGCGCAAAGGAGCUUUCGAACGAGGGGCAUGCGCAUCAGGCGGAAAUGGAACGGUUGAACAAGGAGGCGAGCGAGUGGAUCUUCAGGGAGAACAAUACCGACAGUCAACCUGGCGAGAUAGAUCUCCACGGGCUGUUCGUCAAGGAGGCCAUCGAGUAUACGGACCAGGCAAUCAUUGAGGCGCAGAGGAGGGGCGACUCGGAGAUCCAACUCAUCGUCGGCAAGGGCAUUCACUCGCAGGGUGGUCAUGCCAAGAUCAAGCCGGCAAUCGAGGACCUUAUGCGCAAACAUAACCUUGUCGCUGCACUGGACCCGGAUAACGCCGGCGUACUCAUUGUUCAGCUCAGACAAGGCGGCGCAGUCGACCGUGCACGCGAUCGCGGUGCUCCCGUCCUUGGUGCCGACGACCUUUCUCGCAAGCUCGAUUCGCGGGACGACGGAUGUAUCAUCAUGUGA